AAUGCAUUAUAUCAUACUCAAAAUUGCAACUGUUCUGUGAUUGGAGCUAACGAUGCAAAUAGUGAAGUGAACUAACUUCAAAGUAUCCCAAAUAUGGUCAAUAUCAUGUUUCGUAUUGUGUGAUCUUCUUGUGUUGAAUGGGAUUCUUCGACUCAAUUAAUCGGUGACUGCGCUUGGUGUACAGUUGAUUCUUCGUCGAAGAACGAAGAGAAUUACGCUUCAGAAUUCUUCUUUCAUGAUGAUCAAAAUCGUCUCAUCUCGCCUGUUUUCUGUGAGCAGCACUCUCUGUGCAUCCUCGACGAAAGCAGCUAAAGUUCUCAACAAGCUGAUGAAUGGCAGCAAAUCAAAGAAGAAACGAUACUACGACGAAACAAACGAUCGUGGUCCGAAGCUAAUGCCUGCCAAAUCGCUUGCCAGCAGCAAUCGCCAGGGCAAGGAAUCAAAUCGCCGCAUAGCGGUGUUGAACAAGCUGUUUAUGAAAAACAUCACCGAUCUCAUGGCAACCGGAUCGUUUGCCAGCGAUCUCUACGGUUACGGCAUACAGAUCUCGCGCGUACGUGUUGCUCCCGAUUUUCGCGAAGCAAGCAUCUACUGGUUUUCAACCAAUCUUAACAAGGACGUAAAAAUCGACGGUAUUCUAAAGCCGCUUUCUUCUCGAUUGCGCCACGAACUUUCGCAGCUACGACUGAUGGGCGAAGUGCCGCAGCUGACGUUCGUUCAGGAUAAGCGACAUUAUGUGGAGGGUUUGUUGAACAGUUUGCUGAAGCAAGCGGAUUACGGCGAGGACGGAACGGAAGAGUAUGAUCAGGAACACUUGCAAGGAUGUGAAGAGCAGCGUUUGUGUGAGCCCGAGAUGAAACACGAUAUACUGGGACUCGAUCAUGCACAAAUCAUGAAUCGGAUCCGGCAGUCCGUCGAUAAAACCAACAAAGCGUGGAAAAUACACCAAGAGACGCAAAAGAAGCGAGAUGAAGCUGCUGUACUUCAAAAGAUACACAAAAAACAGUAACAAAUGAUUUCUUUCGCUUAAAUCGAUGCACCAAACGGCUCUGUAUGAUAUAGUAAAAGAUAAACCAAAUGCUGUUGUAAUAAAGGUUUAUUUUAAAUAUUACAAUUUGUAUACACCCAUACCUGGAAUAUUG